GCGUAAUGGCGCUUCUUAUCUUCCGAUCAGCUGCUCUUUUAUAUAUUUUUGGGGGUUGAAUUAUCUUCCAGCCUCCAGGUACGGGCAAAGGGUUGUUUCUUCUGCUCUUCCCAUUUGGCCACAACAGAAUCCAAACCCCCUCCCCAACCCUGGCUGUUCGGGUUGUGUAUUUUUCUUGCCCAUUCGAUCCGUCUUUCUUAUAGUUAUUCGAUGGCCUUACAUAACGCGAUCUUUCUCAAUAAGUCUGUCUUUCCGGCGAUCUCUUCCCCUCCAUGCUCUUCCUGUACUUCCGACAAACUCGGAAUCUCUCGGCGUAGAAGCAGCAGAAGGUCGUCGUUGUCCCUCGUCGUUUGGGCUCUGGAAAAGAACAGCGGCGGCAGCGGCAGCGGCAGCAGCAGCAGCAACGCCGCGAAGAAGACAGCAGUGCCCAAUUCGAACUACGUGGUGCCUCUGGACAAGUCGUCGUGCAUUAUGCGCCCCCUUGCUGAGAUCCUCAGAGACCUCAACAAAAGGGUCCCCGAUAAGAUCAUCAAACCCGAUACCAACUAUAUCCCAUGGUACCAUGCCAAUCGAAUGUUGAGCUUCUACGCCCCAGGUUGGUGUGGAGAAAUACGUGAUGUAAUAUUCGCAGACAAUGGAGGUGUGACUGUGGUGUAUCGUGUCACUAUACAUGGAUCUGAUGGAGAGGUGUGCCUUCUUUUUUGUGCAUUUACAUUCUCAUCAUUAGGGGAGGCACACCGUGAAUCAACUGGGACGGUAUCCUUGAGUGAUGGUAGCAUUGAAGAUCCAGUUGCUGCAGCGGAGGAAAUAUCUUUCUGUAGAGCUUGUGCUCGGUUUGGCCUUGGUCUAUACUUGUAUCAUGAAGACGAGAUGUUAUAGACAAUAGCACAGUUCUGUUUCCUAAUGAGUUCCUAAUAAGUAGUAGCAGUCAUAUGUUCGCUGGAACAAAUUCUGGGUUCUACUUCAUAUCUUUGUUGUGAGUUCAGAUUUUAAAGUCUUUCCAGUUAAUGCGAAUAUUAAGAUUGCUAGGAGUGGUCAUCCAGAAGUCUGUGUUGAAGCUUGUUUUGGAUAAAAUAUUGUAGUUGAGAUUUGUUUAUAUGUUUAGCUUCUGGCAAAAGCAAUGAUUUCUUGCAUGAAGUCCCUCCUGCAUUGUCAAGCUUACUUUGCCAUGUAAAACUGAGUAUUCUUUUUUGUUUGGUGGAAACUGAAUAUGCUCA